AUUGUUUACAAUUCGGCAGAAAAUGUCUUUAAAAAGUCUUCUCGAGUUUUUUGAUAAGUUAUAGUUUAAAAUAUUACCAUUUGCGAAUAUUAAGUCAAGUAAAUAGCUAGUGUUGUGUAAUUGAAAAUAAAUUAUUGUCAAUAUCAUCAAAAUGAGCGAGAAAACUUAUAAAAGUCGCAGGUCCAUAGAAGGUAUAGUGUCACUCUUUACAAAUUUUAAGAACCAGAAGACUAGAGAGGCAGAACAAUUGAAAUCAGCUCUGUAUAAUGUUGGUUUAUUGCUAUUGCUGGGUGCUUUUGCAUUAGUCAUCUUGAUUUUAUUACCAUUUAUACGACCUUUGGCAUUUGGAGUUCUUUUUGGAGCCGUUUUAUUUCCAGCAAAGAAGAAGCUAGCAAGCAGCAUUAAUAAAUGGAUUGACAAAAUUGAAAAGAAUGAUGUUCCAGUAAUUAUUUCUAUUGCUUCAAUACCAUUUAAUGCGUUAGAAAAACUUGGUGAAGUCAUAAUCUUGUUUAUUUUUACACAUAUAAAAAUCAUUCUUGGAGGAACUGGAUCUAUAAUUCUCUUAAAAAUUCUACACAGCAUUUUACCAAAAAAAAUACUUACUUAUGUCGUGGAUAUAGUCCUGUGGCAGCAUUCUCUCUUCGAAUAUAUUGUCAGCACUUUCAAUACUCUUCUAUUAUUGUUAAUUAUAAUCUCAUUCAUCAUAUCUCUCUACUUAUUAUGGAACAACUCAACGUCAAGCUUAUUUACUAUUGUUGGUCAAUUGCUAUGGAUUGUGAUUAUUGCUUAUGGCUGUAGCUUCUUUGGACCUUUUCAAAUACCAGCUUUUGUCACCAUUAUGGUCUAUGCAUUUUUAGCAAUGAUGUACGAUGAAACUACUUACAAUGAGCUCGUUGCUAGACUAAGGAAAAUAUUUAGAAAAGAGGCUAACAUUAUUGAGCAGUUAGAACAAGACGAAAAAGGUGAGGAAGAGGAAGAAAUUCUAGCAACAUCAACAACGCCUUUAGCAAAUAGUAAUGAAUUACUGCAGAAGACUAAAUCACAUUUAUCAGAGAUGAAGAGCAAAUUACAACUUAAUGUUCAAUCUGAUCAGAAAUCUUCAAAAAAAGAUGAAGAAGAACUAGAGUCGAAUUGGUACUUCCAGAUCUUAUUUUAUGCAUGUGCUGCAACAAUUCUCUUCAAGCAUUUGUGGAUUGUAGCUUUCUGUGUUAUCCCAGUGAUAUUUUAUUCAAUUAUAGCAAUUUGUAAAGCUCUUGGAUUAUGGAACUAUAUUGAGGCAAUGCUUAAAGACCCGAUUGAUAAAAUUAAGGAGUGGGUAAUUCAAAGAAGAGACGCUUUAAUGCCAAUUUUUUUACCAGGCAUGAUUCAACUUAAUAAAAAAGUUCGUGGCAUGUUCUGUAGACUCAUGAAAUCAUAUGUUGACGAUAUAAGUUCUUGUGUGAUGAUAGUCUUCCUUAUUUUGGCUGUGAUUUUCAUCAGCGUCUUUUCAUUCGCACAAAUUUAUUCAGAAGCUAUAACAGUCGUUCAACUUACCGGGGAUCUAGUUAAUCGUACUCUUGCAGUCCGUCCCGAGCUCGUUGAUAUGCUUCCAAUUAAUAUGCAAUCGAUGAAUGAUGUCAUUGAUAAUGCUUAUCAAUAUAGUCGCACAACAAUUGAGGAACAUUUAGAUAGUUUUUUGAACAAUACCGAUAAGGAACAAGCCAUAAAGUUUAAGACUCAAAUAUUGUCACUUUGGGAUCGUUUAAUACAACGAUAUAUGGAUCAAUAUACAGGAAAUGAAGUUGCUGGACCGCGAGUUACUAGCGAGUCAGUUUUUGAUACAAUCGAUGAAAUUUUCACGUCAUCAGGUCUGACAUUUACAAGCAUCUUCGCUUGGGCUAAAAAUAAUUUAAGUCUAAUGAAAGAAAUUGGAGAUUCUAUAUGGAUUGUUCUACGCACGAAUCUUACACUUUUAUUCAGCAUUAUUACGACAAGUUUUGGUGUACUUAUAAGCAGUGGACAUUUCAUGCUGGCAAUUUUAUUUAAUUCUGUGAUAUUCUUUACAACUCUCUAUUAUCUCUUACAAUCAAGCAAGGAUCGGUACACACCGAUUGCCGUAAAUUCAAAUUCUGCAAUGCAAUUACGCAUACUUGAAGCUCUUGAAUCAUCUGUCUCGUCUGUACUUAUUGCUACUCUGAAAUUAUCCAUUUUUCACGGUUUAUUCACGUUUGUCACUCAUUCUAUAUUUGGAGCGCACGUUGUAUAUCUUCCGGCAUUUUUAGCAGGGGUUCUUGCAGCUGCUCCAUUCUUAGAAACAUAUUGGUGCAGCAUACCGGCUUUUCUGGAUUUAUGGCUUACACAGAAUCAUUUCUAUCUCGGUGUUGCGCUUGUUUUAAUUCAUUUCAUUGUACCUCCCAACUUUAAUGUCAUUAUUCACUCGGAAAUUAAAGGUUCUGGGCAUCCAUAUUUAACUGCCUUAUCAAUUGCCGGAGGAAUCUAUCUGCUAGGAUUAGAAGGAGCAAUAAUUGGACCUCUACUGUUAUGCUUACUCAUCGUGCUUUUCGAAUUCACCAUAAGCUUAACAUCAUCCUCGCCAUUGAAUACAUUUACACAGCAAACGUCCAACGAAGAAUCUGCAUCGCCAAUGAGUUUACUAUUAAAUGAGAAUCCGUUUUUAAAAAACGCUUAAAAGUGUCCUAACAAAUAUAUAUUUUUUUAUUUAUUAAUUUUAUAUCUAAUUGUUAAAACUUAACAACAAUAAAAAUGAAUUGUCCAU